CUUACUAAUAUGGACCGCAAUAAACCGCCUGACCCUGAUCCGCCUGACAUCUCUCUUGCGCCGCCAUCCCCUAACUAUCCACUUUCCCAAUUCGCAGAUGUUGUUUGCAGCAUCGCGGAUUCCCAAAUCCCGUCCCAUUCCGAUUCCCAAUCCUCAUCUCACCAGAACGGUAGGAAACGUUCUGGAGAUGAAAACAAUGCGCCGAAUCACAUUCCGUCUAAGCAGCAGAGAAACCAAAUAGGUCGCAAUAGAUACUCUGCCACCGAUAAAGCUCCGUUCAUCGUACAUGUCUCACGCUUGGAGUCCCAGCCUAAUGCAGUUACAGCCGAUCCUGCGCACUUCUCCCUUCAAGGGUAUGACCUGCUGAACCUUCCAAAAGCGCAUCUUGAGACUGCAUGGCAAGAGUAUUGGAACGUUUCCAGCAGUAAAAAGGUGCCGUCCUACUAACGCAACAAGUUCUACAAUAAGUGCAAAGUUUUCUCCUUUCAGUUUUUAAAAUUGUUAUCGUACCUACUUGCUUCUCAUAUCACUUGUCAGUGGCAGAAUCGUCGACAUCAACAUCGACGGCAGAGAUUGCCAGAAACAAAAAUAGAAUAGAAUAGAAUAGAAUUUCUCGACAAACAAUUAAUUAAUUACUCUGAAAGUAUACAUUUUCAUUAGUAAUACGUUGAAUCUCAAAUAUUUGAAUA